ACGUGAACGUCGGUCCCUGCUGCCGUUUGAAAGCCCAUCACCAUGUCUGAACUGACCGAUAGGCCCUCCACAGCCGGACAGCGGCUGGGCGCCCCAGAAAGCUUCGGAGUGUCCACCCUGGAGCCCGGCAUGCGUCCUCCGGUCCAGCCCCCGGGACGGCAGGUUUCCAUACGGGUUCAGAUGCUCGAUGACACGCAGGAGGUCUUCCAGAUAUCCCAACGCGUGCCUGGGAAGGUGCUUUUUGACCUGGUCUGCGUCCACCUCAACCUGACUGAAGGCGACUAUUUUGGGCUGGAGUACACGGAUCACCGAAAGAUGACGGUGUGGCUGGACCUCCUGAAGCCGGCGCUGAAGCAGAUCAGACGACCUAAAAACACCAUCCUUCGCUUUGUGGUGAAGUUCUUCCCUCCUGACCACACGCAGCUCAUGGAGGAGCUGACUCGGUAUCUGUUUGCUCUGCAGAUCAAACGCGACCUGGCCUGCGGUCGUCUGAUCUGCAACGACACCAGCGCCGCCCUCAUGGUUUCCCACAUCAUUCAGUCCGAGAUCGGGGACUUUGACGAGACGCAGAGCUGGCAGCACCUGCUGCACAACAAGUAUCUUCCUGACCAGGACGCCAUCAGAGACAAGAUCAUCGACUGCCACCGCCAACAUGUAGGGCAGACUCCAGCGGAGUCGGACUACCAGCUGCUGGAAAUCGCUCGGAGGUUGGAGAUGUACGGCGUCCGGCUGUACCCUGCCAAGGACAGAGAGGGGACGAAGCUCAGCCUGACGGUGGCGCACACCGGGGUUCUGGUUUUCCAGGGUUACACAAAAAUCAACGCCUUCAACUGGUCCAAGAUUCGCAAGCUGAGCUUCAAGCGUAAAAGGUUCCUCAUCAAACUGAGAGCCGACCCCUCUCAGAACUCCCACCACGACACGCUGGAGUUCGCCAUGGCCAGCAGGGACUGCUGCAAGGUGUUCUGGAAGAUCUGCGUCGAGUACCACGCCUUCUUCAGACUCUUUGAGGAGCCCAAACCCAAACCCAAGCCCAUCCUCUUCACCAGGGGUUCCUCGUUCCGGUUCAGCGGGAGGACGCAGAAGCAGAUCAUCGACCACCUGAAAGACUCUGAGCUGAAGAAAGUCCCGUUUGAGAGGAAACACAGCAAGGUUCUGUCCAGUAGCAGCAUGUCGCCGCACUCAUCUUCCUUCAGAUCCCAAGUGCCAAAAGAGAGUGCCACGUCUGUCCUGUUGGCAGACCAGCCCGACUCCGCCAAAACCAACGGCACAGAGGAGCCUCCGACCAACGGCUUCCCCGACUGCGCCCUCAACUCUGACCCGAGCCGACAGAACCACAACGGAGCGGGCCAGCACCUCCUGAACCCAGGUCCAACCUGCAGGGCAAACAAAGGCAGCAGCUCCUCUAUUCCUUACAUAGACUGCAGCGACAUAGACAGCGAGUGCGAUGUGGGCAAGAGUGGCAGGGCCCCCAGGGGCCACAGCAGCGCAAACGACAGCAAUGAGGAUGAGGGCAGAGAUGGGGGUCUGUUCGGGGUGGUGAACGGGUUCUACCACACCAACCACCAGGGGCUGAUGCAGCAGGGGGUGAUGGGAAACAGAAAUGCAGAGGAGGUCCUGUCCAAUGGCGGCUCCUUUAACAGCCGUCUGCCGCUCCACAGCACGCUGCUGGACGAGAUCUUCCAGGGCCGAGACAAGCGCGGCGCCGGGGUCGUUCGCCCGCUGGGAACCGGGACUCGCAGCCAGUGCUCCAGCCCGGUCAUCAGCAGCUUCCACCCGCGGACCAAUUCGCUCAGCGCCGAAAUGACAAACGGGCACGGUCAGCCGCGCGCCGGGUCGCGGUGGGACGACGGCGGCCAUUAUUUUAGCAAACGGCCCGGCGUCGUCCCUGUUGAAGUUCCCGCCGUCUCGCCGUCGUCCCACUACGGCAGCUACUCCCCGAUCCUCUCGAACCGCACGCCGCCGCAUCCGGCGAAACCGUACAACCUCAACAUCAUGCGGAACCGCUCCGACACCGACCCGUUCAUCCUCAGCCAGCUCACUUCUACCCCGAUACGCCGCGACCCCUACCGCUCCGGGGUGGAAACCCCAAGCUCCGCCCCGACGGAGCGAAAAGCCGCGAUAGCUAACGGUAAUCUCGCGGUUCCGGGUCAAGCGCGGUCGAACGCGGCGGCCCAGCGGCUGUUUGGCCAAAAACCAAACAACAACAACACGCUGAGUCAGCCGGUCCAAAUGAUCGACGGGUCCACUAGCAGCGGCACCGACACCAGCGACACGGAGUCCGACACCGGCAGCAGCGCGUACAGCCAGCCGCUGCUGUACGGUAACCCCGGGGCGGUUAGCUCCACCGACGGGAAGCUAACGUUCGGGAGUCUGCGGGCCGACGAGGAGCGGGAGCGGCGGUACCGGUUCGACGGCUCCGAUUCCAAGGAAUCUCCACAGGAAAGGCUGGUUCCGAACGGCGGCGGCCCAGGGGAGGACCAGGACAGGGGCGUCACCAGCAUGACAGAUGUGUAUCAGAUUCCGGGGGGUCAGCCACUUUCGCCGCUCACCAGCCCGCUGCUCAUCGAGGCCGGAUACGUCCGCCAUGACGACGAAGAGGAGGCGAGGAGGAAGAAGUUUCCCACAGACAAAGCGUACUUCAUGGCGAAAGAGCUGCUGACCACAGAGCGGACGUUCCUCAAGGACCUGCAGGUGAUCACUGAGUUCUUCCAGAAAGCUGCAGGGAAAGAUGAAGCCUUUCCAGAUGUCGUUAAGAACCUGAUCUCUUCCCACUACGAUCCCGUCUACAGGUUUCACCAGGGAUUCCUCAAAGAGACGGAACAGCGGCUGGCUCAGUGGGAGGGUCGGUCCAACGCUCACAUCAAAGGAGAUUACCAACGAAUUGGAGACGUUUUACUGAAGAACAUUCAGGGUUUGAGGCAGCUGACGGUUCAUCUGCAGAAGCAUUCAGAGUGCCUGGUGGAGCUGGAGCGAGCUUGUAGGUCGAGUCGUAAGGUGGAGGCCGUGUGCAGGGACUUUGAGCAGCAGAGGGUUUGCUACCUGCCGCUCUACAUCUUCCUGCUGCGGCCGCUGCACCGCCUGCUGCACUACAAGCUGAUCCUGGAGAGGCUCUGCAAGCACUACCCGCCCACCCACGACGACUUCAGGGACAGCAGAGCCGCCCUGGCAGAGAUCUCGGAGACGGCGCUGCAGCUUCAGGGCAUCAUGAUGAAGAUGGAGAACUUCCAGAAGCUGCUGGAGCUGAGGAAGGAUCUGACCGGCGUGGAGAACCUCGUCACGCCUGGCAGGGUGCGUCUUCCUCCACGCUGUCGCCUCCUCAGGUCUGCUGGAGUCCGGCUGACGGGUCGUGUUUGUGUUUGUGACCUGCAGGAGUUCAUCAGGCUGGGCUGCCUCAGCAAGCUGUCAGGGAAAGGUCUGCAGCAGAGGAUGUUCUUCCUGUUCAGUGAUUGUCUGAUGUACACCAGUCGAGGAACGACUCCGUCCAACCAGUUUAAGGUCCAUGGUCAGCUGCCGCUGUACGGCAUGACGAUCAGAGAAAGUGAGGAGGAGUGGGGGGUCCCUCAUUCGUUUACGCUCUUUGGACAGCGGCAAUCUGUGGUGGUGGCGGCCAGUUGUGCUGCAGAGAUGGAGCGCUGGGUGGAGGACAUCAGGAUGGCCAUCGACCUGGCAGAACAGAGCAGCAGCCCAAACGCCGAGCUGCUGUCCACCAGUCCACCCGACACCAAGCCUUUGGAGGACGCUGGAGCCGAGCUGGAGUCGGAAGAGGAGCUCUGCGGCUCGCGCUCGUCCCUCGAGCGCCAGAGUCACCGUGGCAACACCACCGUUCACGUCUGCUGGCAUCGCAACACCAGCGUGUCCAUGGUGGACUUCAGCGUCGCCGUGGAGAACCAGCUCUCAGGUAACCUGCUGAGGAAGUUCAAGAACAGCAACGGCUGGCAGAAACUCUGGGUGGUCUUCACUAACUUCAGCCUCUUUUUCUACAAGUCGCACCAGGAUGAGUACCCUCUGGCCAGCCUCCCCCUGCUGGGCUACUCAGUCACCGUCCCGGCCGAGUCCGAGAACAUCCACAAAGAUUACGUGUUCAAGCUUCACUUUAAAUCCCACGUGUACUACUUCAGAUCAGAGAGCGAGUACGCCUUUGAACGGUGGAUGGAGGUGAUCCGCAGCGCCACCUGCUCCGCCAGCCGCCCCCUGCUGAGCUCCAGGAAGGACCUUUACUGAUGACUCUGUUGUCUUCACCUCGGCCUUACACAAAACCACAGACUUCUCUUCCAGCGUUUUAAAAAUCACUUUUUUACACACCAACACACUUGGAGGUCCUCAAAGUUCCUUUCACACCAUUUAUCUUCAAUGUUCUGACUUUUUCUGUGCCAAACUGGAAAAUAUUAGUAGUAUUGUCCUUAUUUCCACUUUUUUAACUCGACAUAUUUAGAGCUCCAUAAAGCAGAUGUGUGGAUUAAUCAUGAUGCCAGAUUAGGACACAGAAUCCAUGUUUUUCUUUUUGUAAUUCUUCUUUGUACAGUAUUUUGAUAACACUGUGAAAAUAGUUUUUUCCUCCUUCGUUUUGUCUUCACUGAAAAGAAACUUCAGACCUGCUUCCAAAGCCGACAGAGAUUUCUUCUUUAUCGCCUUCUUCCCAGUAUUUUUCCAGCUUUCUGGAAUCGUUUUGAAAAGUUUGUGUUCAUAUGAAAAAUAAACAAAGCAAAUCACA